CCGUUCUGUUUUUUUACCACGUCAUGACCACAUACCACGUGCUACCGGUUAAUGCCGUGCUCCGAGUCUCGACGUUCGUACAUGUAUCCUGCGCGUAGGAGACCGCAAUGAUCUAGAGGACCAAGGAUGGAUGACCCUCCCACAGCGUCGUAUGAGCCAAAGAGCCCACACAUAACAUCACCUAGUAUAUCAACUGCACCUCCUGCAUUCCCAGACGAAUCAAUCUUACCUCCGGGACCCACCAUGAGCGAUCCAGCAUCCAGCUCAAACUCAUCCAGGGACGUGUCACCGCCGAAGGACACUGCGUCUAUGACCGUUUCGACGAAUGUCUCUGGACCCUCGUCAGCUCUACGGCGAACGCUCUCUUCCGGCAGUGGUGAUGCGUCUCGGGAGGCUAAGCGGCUUCGAUUCACGACUCUACCGGAUGAAGAGAAAGGAAUGGGUUUAGGCUUGAGCGAUGCAGGUGGUUCGGGGGAUGGUUCGAGCAAACAUGGAUCCAAUAGUCUUGGGCUGUAUGGUGCUUCAGAACCUGGCACCCCAAACUUUUUAGAGACAGCGGAUCAGAUUCGUCGGACAUUAUCCCUCGCCUCUCUAGAUCGUCUAAUGACCUUGUCAGCCAGUUCUGAUCGAGAUAAAAUUCUGGCUGGGGUAUCGCGAGCAGGGAAGGAUCUAGUCUGGAGGCGGAAAGACGAGAAACAAUUGUUUCCUCGAGAUGUCGAGCGAGCUCUGGUGUUGACGAUCAAGAGGGGUCUCCGAUCUUUCAUCUUGGCGUUUUCCGUUCGAGCAGGAGUCAACUUGCUUUUGGUCAUCUUUCGGAGCUUUCGACGGAAACGACUACGCUUGGCAAUGAUCCGGCAUGCCUUGUUUGGCGCAGAAUCAUUUCGCUUCGGUGCAAUGAUAGGCACAUUCACUUUCCUCAACACCCUCACACUGCAUCUUCUUCGCUUGACGCCUCCGUUAUCCUACCUCAGACGCAGAUGGAAACAUGGAUUUCUCUCUCGCCCGUCAUUCGGACCACCAGAAAGAGAAGGUCCAGAAGGUGAAAGGCGCUGGCAAGCUGCCGCUGCGGGAGCGGUGGGAAGUUUGGGUCUGCUAUGGGAGACGCGCAGUCGCCGUCGCGGCGUUGCUCAGCAGAUGUUUGUGCGUGGUCUUCAAGGCGCAUACAAUCAAUACACCCCACAGUAUGGUAUUCACAUUCCGCACGGCGAUACGUUGCUCUUCGGGUUGUGCUGCGGUCAAAUCAUGUAUGCGUGGCUCAUGAACCCAGAAACAAUGCCAGCGGAAUACAAUAAUUGGAUUCAACACGCUUCACGGGUACCUAAAUUUGCCGUUCUCGCCAACAGGACAGCCGUCAAUACCAAGACCGUCGACACUAGUCUGAUUCAGCAAGCCAUAUCCGCCAAGAGCACAACCCAAAGGAACAGAGAGAUUUUGUAUAAGUACAUAGAGCAGCUCAAAUCCGGCUUCAAGCCGCCUUCUGCUGUCCCAUGCGAGCUGGUCCACCCCACAGUCACAUCAUGCCCCGAAGCCAACAUCCGCCGAUUCUUUGAUGUUUUCCGCUUCAUGCUUCCCGUGUACUCCGCGCUACACCUCAUACCGAUGCUCGUUCUUCGACGUCAUCACUUCAAGCGCGAUCCUCUGCGUAUGCUCGCUAGAGUUAUAUGGGGUAUCACGCGAAGUUGCUCCUUCCUUGGGAUUUUCGUCGUCAUCUUUCAUUCCUGGAUGUGUAUCCGAUAUCAGACCAUUCACCAGAAAUUGGGCGGAAAAUGGCUUCAGGAACUCAUGAAGCGCAAGCAAAUGUUUUGGUUCUUUGGGUUCAGUACCUGCUUGAGCUUGUUCGUUGAGGAAAAGAAACGUCGUGCAGAGCUUGCCAUGUAUGUAUUGCCUCGAGCGUUGGAAUCCGCUUGGUCGAGCGCCAGGAAGCGAGCCUGGGUACCCAUCGUCCCCUUUGGAGAAACGAUUCUUGGAGCUGCAGCCAUGGCCAUGGUGAUGGAUGCAUACAAGCACAGACCAGAAGCUCUGUCAGGAAUCGUCAAGAGGUUAAUGUAUCAACUUGUGGGACCAGUAUAGGUAGAAUUCGGGCAGAGACAUCGGAGCG